ACUCUGUCUUUUGUGCCAGCAGCUUUCAGAGUGCGUGACUAAUUUGUAGCCUGGCAUCUGUCCUGCUCCAGCUCCGAAUGGACCACCCAGCAAUAUGCAUAUAAGCAUGUCCUCUCUCUCCCCCAUUCUCUCCGACACGCGCAUGGAGAUAAUUCUCUCAUCAUCACCAUGGCUAGUACUCUUACCUCCGGUCUUCCUCUCUGUUCUUCUCUUCUCCUACUUGUACACCGCCCUAUGGCUAAGGCCGGAGAGGCUCAGGCAGAAACUGAGAAGCCAAGGAGUGAGGGGGCCCAAGCCUUCUUUCCUUUUCGGAAACAUACCAGAGAUGAGGAGGAUCCAGAAACUUCCCACCUCUGAUCGAGAACAGGAAUUAGGGAGGUGUACCGACCGUUUCUCCUCGAAUUUUGUGGCUACUCUAUUCCCUUACUUACUCCACUGGAGCAGAGUUUAUGGUUCCAUCUACUUCUAUGCCACUGGAAGCAUACAAGUUCUAAACGUAACAGAUUCAGACAUGGUGAAGGCACUGGCCAACUGCAAGGCUUUGGAUCUUGGAAAGCCUUCCUUUUUGCAGAAAGAGCGUGGAGCUCUUCUUGGUAUGGGAAUUCUGACCGCAAAUGGUAAACUAUGGGUGCACCAAAGAAAGGUUAUUGCACCUGAGUUCUUCAUGGACAAGGUUAAGGGAAUGGUGGAUUUGAUGAUGGAUGCUGCAGUGUCAAUGUUGAAUUCAUGGGAAGACAAAAUUGUGAGCCGAGGAGGCAGAGCAGAGAUUGUGGUUGAUGAUUUCUUGAGAAACUUCUCAGCUGAUAUCAUAUCAAGGACUUCUUUUGGAAGCAGUUUCACUGAAGGGAAAGAGAUAUUCUACAAUAUUCGUAAACUUCAGAAAGCAAUGGCAAAGCAGACCAUGCUUAUUGGAGUUCCUGGAAACAGAUAUUUACCAACAAAGAGCAAUAGAGAGAUUUGGAAUCUGGAGAGCUGCAUCCGUACCCUUAUUUUAAACGUUGUGAAGAAGCACGAACGUGAUUCAGAAACCUCUCCAAAUAAGUUUCUCCUGCACUCCAUCAUUGAGGGUUCCAAGGCCGCUUCCUUCUCUUCAUGCACGCCCGAGGAUUUCAUUGUCGACAACUGCAAGAACAUCUACUUCGCAGGGCAUGAGACAACCUCGAGCACUGCUGCGUGGUGCCUGAUGCUUCUUGCGUCGCACCCUGAAUGGCAAUCCCGCGCUCGGGUGGAAGUCCUUGAAGUUUGCCAUGGGGAACCGCUAGACUUUGACAUGCUACGGAAGUUGAAAACGUUAACAAUGGUGAUCCAGGAGACCCUCCGCCUCUACCCUCCAGCCUCCUUCGUCACCCGGGAAGCUCUGAGCGACAUCAACCUUGGCGGCAUCGACAUCCCGAAAGGCACCAACAUCAGAGUCCCGAUCGCUCUGGCUCACCGGGAUCCUUCUGCGUGGGGCACCGACUGCGACAGGUUCAAUCCAGGCAGGUUCGCCGGCGGCAUAGCGCGCGCCUGCAAGCCCCACCACAUGUACAUGCCCUUCGGGGUCGGUCCCCGGACAUGUGCCGGCCAAAACCUGGCGAUGGUUGAGCUCAAGGUCGUGCUGUCGCUCGUUCUGUCCAGGUUUGAGUUCGAGCUCUCGCCAAACUACGUGCAUUGCCCGGCGUUCAGGUUGACAGUGGAGCCCGGGGAUGGCGUGCCGCUGAUUUUUAGGAAGCUAUGAUGGCUCAUUCAUUAUUUUUGUUGGAAAAUUGUUGAAGCUUUGCGGGUGUUGCGUGUUAUGUUGUGUGGAUAACAAGACCAGGCAUGUCUGGGAGGAACGGCUGGACAUCGACUGUGAAUACAUGUGUUGUUUUACAUAAGACUAAGAAUAACAAGUAUUGUCACUU